AAUUUUCUGAUGAAGAUAUUAAAAAUAUAGCUGAGAAUAUAGUUGAAAAUAUAGUUGAAAGAACUGCUAAUUCUAUAGUAAUAAAAAAUAAAACAAAUAUUAAUUUUUUUCUUGCUCUAACACCAACUAUUUCAGAACAAGCUCGAUUUGAAGAUCAAAUUUUAAGCAUAACUGUAGCAAAUAGUUGGUUAUUUUGA